GCUGAUAACAGGCACUUAUCACAUCCAACGCCGGAACCUAUGCUGCUAAAAAAACAUCAAACGACAAAAGACUUUGCUAGUAAAAGGAACUUACCACAUUGAAAGCCGGAAGACUAUGUUUAUAAUAAGCACGAUCCUGUCUGUUCUAUUACCAACAACAAAACUGUAGAUGUGAAUUCUGAUUCUGCAGCGGUAGAAAUAGUCGUAGAGCCACCUGCAACUGUACCGCCAGAUGCAUCACUGUCCAGUUUUGAAACCCCAACUGAACUUGGUUUACAUACUGAAAUUGAACCUCAAGUAUCGGAAGCUGUAGCAUAUUAUGAGAGCAAACAUCCUACCAAGGAAACAAAUAUUGAACUACUACCAUCAGUCUCGAUGGAGAUUGAUGUCGCUUCAGAGGUCAGUGCUGAAACCGAAACUGAAGAUGGGAGCUCUCAAGGUAAUGUGGAGAUGGAUGUUCUUGCCACUGAGUCAGGGUCAACUAUAUUGCCUCAGGUAUCUGUUUGUCUUACGUGUAGGGAUGUAGGCUUUAAAGAGGCAUUGGUAUAUUGCAACAAAUGUGAAGUAUAUGCUCUGCAUAGGUACUUGUUAUUUACUCUUUCCAUCUAUUCUAUUGCAUCUUGCUGCACAUGCAAGAUGCAACCACUUCUAUUUAUAUCUGGAAAUGUGACUCCAAAGAAAAUUGAAGCAAUACACAUUACUUCGCAUCAAUACCCUGAACCUUUUUUGUUUCUUUUCCAUCCUAAUUUGUUAUAUAAAGCAGAAAUAAAAUUUUAUAUUUUAGUAGAUAUGCAUGGUAAUUUAUGAUUUUAGCAGGUUUAAAUCAUCACACUUAAGUAACAGAUGCAUCUAUUUUUUGGUCAUAUGGACAUGCUUUUAAGUUUGUAUUGGUUUUGAAGGUGAAUUCUAAAGACAAAAAUAAGGUAAUAUGUAAUCUAAAACAUCAUUUAGAUGGAGGUCUGUGAUGUUUUGUAUCAUUUGCCGAUGUUUCCAAUGCAUCUAUUUUGUAAGAGAAAAUCACUGUGAAUAUCACGGUUCAAUUUUUAUUUUAUUUUUAGUUGGUGAACAACUCAUUUGUAUUAAUAAUACCAUGAGCUUCCAUCUUUGAAGCACCGAUGCUUGAAAUUUUGUCCUGCGUCAUACUCAAUAUGCCAUCGAUACGUUUUGGCAAAUUAUCAGAUGUCUGUUUUUAAAAAACACUAUUUUGUUCCAUUUCUGCAUCAGAAAUAUAGAUUUUCGCAUGCUAUUUUAAUUUUAUUUUUCCCAUCAUGUUUUUCUACAUAUGAAGAUUUUGCAUUUUAUAAAUUUGUAGUUUCACAUUCUUAAAUGUUGUUUCACCUUAUACACUUCAACUUCUCCUUUUCGGGUAUUGUUUAGAUGGGCCUGUGAUUUUUACAUAUGAGGUUUUUUGGCUUUGUGAUGACUGUGAAGAAGAGGUAAUAGACAUAGAUUAUCCUGAUCAAGACACUUCAGAUUCA